ACUAUCCUGUCCGAAGGCAAGGCUGCCCGACCAGAGGACCAUGUUGCUCUCUGCUCUCCUUCUACUGCUUCACAACACGUGGGUGACAGGUUCAGUGCUCCAUGAUUUGAUACAUAAACGUGCAGAAUAUCGAGAAAACUGCACCAGAACCUUGGAAGCCACCCUCCAUACUGUAACUGGAAUAUACUGCAAUGGUACAUCCGACGUGUUCGCCUGCUGGCCACAUUCAUCUCCUGGGAUCGUAUCAGUGCCCUGUCCUCCAUAUUUGCCCUGGAUCAAUGAAGGUUUCCCUGGAAAGGUGUAUAAGAUAUGCACUGAAAACGGGACAUGGAAGAGAGAGGGGAACUCUGUGUGGCGAAAUGAGUCAGAGUGUAAAGACAUGGCUCACUUUUUCAAAGCUGAGGAGGACGAGGUGUUUCGCCAGACAGUGCUGAGGAUCCUCUCCAUCGUUGGCUACUCGCUGUCGUUGACCUCCCUCUGUUUGGCUAUGCUGAUCAUGGGCCUGCUGAGGAAGCUUCACUGCACAAGGAACUACAUCCACAUGAACUUAUUUGUGUCCUUCAUGCUUAGAGCAACUGCAGUCAUUACCAAAGAAAUCGUAUUACACAUCAUGUACUCCAACGUGCCCAAGGAUGAAAUUGGAUGGAACAGCUACACAGACUCCACAAUAUUAAUGAUCUGUAAGGCCUCCAAGGUAUCCAUGCAGUAUUUUGUGGGGUGUAAUUACUUCUGGCUCCUGGUGGAGGCGAUAUUUCUGCACACUCUGCUCUUCACAGCUGUACUGACCAAGCGGCGUCUACUGAAGAGAUACAUGCUGGUAGGAUGGGGAACUCCAUUUUUGUUUGUGAUACCAUGGACAGUUGUUAAAGUUCUAUAUGAAAAUAAAGGUUGCUGGUUCAUUACCAACAGCUGGAUAUGGUGGAUAAUUAGAGCUCCCAUUACUCUCGCAGUUUUAGUUGUAUUCUGCAUAUUUCUCAGAAUCAUUAAGCUCUUGUUGUCAAAGUUAAAAGCCGACCAAUUAAAGUUUACGGACUACAGAUACAGUCUAGCCAGAGCCACACUGGUGCUGAUCCCUUUGCUCGGCAUCCACGAGGUCGUGUUCAUGAUCAUCACGGACGAGACCGUGGAGGGGAGUCACCUGUAUGUGCGAAACUUCAUCAAUCUAACCCUGAGCUCUUUCCAGGGCUUUCUGGUUGCAGUCCUGUACUGCUUUGCCAAUGGAGAGGUCCAAGCUGAGCUAAAGAACAGAUGGCGAGUCUUUCUCUUCGCAAACCGCUUCGAGGUCCACAACUACUUUGUUGGCAUGCACCCCAAAUACUUAUGGAAGAACUCACAGAAGGGACCAAAUCACCCCUCAGACCACAGCGAUUCAUAUGACGACGGAAGCCACGCCCCCACGCAUGGCCAGCUGACGCAAGUGACCGUCCAAUCAGGAGCAGAGGUGUCCUUCGUACAGUGCACAGGUGUGGAGUUCUGCAGCAGGAAGAGCCUGUCUAGCAGUGAUGGGGACAUGACGCUGGGCGAGACCAUGGAAGAGAUUCUGGAGGGGGUUUCAUUUUAAUGUCCUCUUCCUGACUCUCUUUCACAGAUUUAUGGCAGGGCACAUUUUUAUUUGUAAAUUUGUACUUUAUAACAUAUUUGUGAAUGUUUGUCAGUAUAAAUGCGUAGGACUUUUACUGCUUGUCCCAUGUUCAAUAUGCAUGUGUGUGUGUGUGUGUGUGUGUGUGUGUGUGUGUGUGUGUGUGUGAGAGAGAGAAA